AUGCGUCUCGAAACGUGUUAUUAUUGUUCAUCAACGAUUUGGCCUGGUCAUGGGAUUCAAUUUGUACGAAAUGAUUGCAAAAUCUUUCGAUUUUGUCGGUCACGUUGUCAUCGUGCAUUUAAGAAGAAAUGGAAUCCACGUAAAUCACGAUGGACAAAAGCACACAGAAAAUUUACUGGAAAAGAUUUAGCAACAGAUCCAACAUUUGAAUUUGAAAAACGUCGUAAUGAACCGGUGAAAUAUAAUCGUGAAUUAUGGCAAAAUACACUCCAAGCGAUGGAAAGAGUCGAAGAAGUUCGUACUAAACGAGAACGACAUCAUAUUAUGAAACGACUUCGACAAGGUACAUUUGAUCGAAAAGCAGCUGAUUUACGUGAAGUACGUGAUUAUAUUCAUCUUGUACGAGCACCUAAUGCUACAAAACCCAUGGAAGAAAUUGAAAUGGUACAAAAAGCAAUAGCUAAGCGUGAAGAAGCUGGAGAACUUUUAACAAAAGUUGGAACAACAGUAGCGACAACGAAAAAAUUAAGUGCACUACGUCGUCGUGCACCAAAAAUUGACGUUAUUAUCGAAACGUCGGAUACAGAACAAAUGAUUGCCGAAGACGUGGAAUAA